UUUCUUCGUUAUUAUCCAGGGAGCUCUGCGGGCUAUAUUUUAACCUCCUCAGCCGCGCGCCACCAUACAAGGCCGUGAAAGUCUUCGCAUGCCCGAGAUGCGACCCAGAGGUAUUACAGUGUUUAUUAUUAUUACUACUACUAUCACUCCUGCCUCUCCAGCCCGCUUUGCUGGUGCCAGCUUGGAGUGCAUGUCUACCGGCCAACCAACCAUCCGCAGGCACCCCACCCACCUGUCACCACUAGCACGAUCAGCAGUACCAACACCACUUCAUCCCAUCGCAGCAUCAUCGCCCUCGUCGCCCCCAUCCGAAAGCCACAGCCCUUGCCCUUCAACUGCUGAGACCUAACGCGCGCCUGCUCGGGUGCCACAACCACCAUCGCCGAGUCCUGGACCGCGGGCUGCUCUUCGCGUCCGCGCCGUGGAGUUUGGGAUUUCAGAGGGGGACUGCAACGACCGCCGGGCUCAGGAUGGAGACCACCGCCGCUCUUCCCUUCUACCAGAAACGGCACGAGCACUUCGACCGGAGCUACCGCUACGCGGAGACGCGCAGCAUCAUGCAGAAGUACCUGCGAAAGGACAAGAAGCGCCUUGAAGAUGACGCCGAGUCCAAAGGCGCCUUCGUGCAGCGGAGCAGCGUCCUGAGUCGCCAGGAGCAGGAGGUCAGCCAGAAGCACCGGGAGAGCCUCCACUUGACGAGGAGCCACAAGCAGCAGCAGCAGCAGCAGCAGCUGCAAGUCUCCAGCAGCCAACAGCAGCAGCAGCAGCAGCAGCAGCACAUCAAGAGCAGCUUCAAGCACCGGGAAGUCGAGGGGAUGCACCUGCAGCACCAGCAGCAGCAGCAGGUGAAAGGGCUGCAUCGGCAGCUCGACAGCGGGAGCCACUUGGUCCAUGAUGAUAGCAGCCAUCAGCAUCAUCUUCAGCAGCAGCAGCAGCAUCAUCAUCUUCAGCAGCAGCAGUAUCAGCAGCAGCAGCAGCAGCAUCAGUAUCAUCAUCACCAGCAGCAGCAGUAUCAUCAGCAUCAUCAGCAGCACCAUGUGGUGGAGGUGUGUCUUGAUUGUCAUGAGAAGAAGCUGCGUGAGCAGCAGCAAGAGGUGAUCGGGAACGGGCUGGGGGUCGCGCAGGGGUACAAGGUGGGGGACGCGCAGGGGUACGGGAAGCAACAGGGCGUCCACGCGUGGUGCGUGGAUGACGCUGUGGAGGACGAGGAGCUGGAGGAGAUCGCCCGCACCGUCAGAUCGUCCCGCAAGGAGAUCCGCAAGAAAGCCGCCCAGCUCGCUCUGCGCAGGAAGAUCCUGGACAGCGAGGAGUACCAGGAGCGCGUGCGGGAUGACAAGGUGCAGCACUCGCCCGAGUUUCUCAUGAAGCCGCGGUCGCACGUCGUCUGGGAGAAGUCGACCGCGCGCUUCAACUGCACGGUGCAGGGCAGGCCCACACCCCACGUCAAGUGGUUCAAGAACAACAAGCCCAUCGAUGUGCACCGCGAGCCGGGAAAGUUCCGCAUCAGCAGCAACUACGGCGUCCACGCGCUGGAGAUCAACUGGUGCAGCGAGGAUGACACGGCUCAGUACCGCGUCUCGGCCAUUAGCACCAGAGGAGAAACGUCCUGCUUUGCCACUCUGGUUGUGAAAAGAUUCAGGAGCGAGUUUGACGAGACCAGCUUCUACUCCGGGAUCUCCACUUUCCCCUUCGACUUGCCGCUCCUGCCCACGGUGUCAGGGCUGGAGUUGGACGUGCGCAUCAUGGAGAAGUUUGGCGUCACGUUCGGCCGGGAGGGAGAGACGCUGUCCCUGUGCUGCACCGUCGUGGUCGUGCCAAACUUGCACAAGGCUCGCGUGGAAAUUCAGUGGUUCCGUGAUGAUGUGCGGCUGGAGGAGUCCAAGUGGGUGCAGCUGUACUGGAGUGGGGAGAAGGCCACGCUGGUGCUGGCCCACCUCAACAAGGAGGACGAGGGGCUCUACACAGUGCGAGUCGUCACCACCGGAGGCGCCGCUCGGCACUCCGCCUACGUCUUCGUGCGCGAUGCGGCAGCUGAAAUUGCUGGUGCACCUCCUGCUCCGCUUGGCGUGGAGAUCCACGACCCGAACCGCAACUACGUCAUCGUCUCAUGGAAGCCUCCCAGUGGCCAAGGAGGCAGCCCCAUCACCGGCUACUUUGUGGAAAGGCGCGAGGUGAACACGGAAAAGUGGGUGAGCUGCAACGACGCGCCGGUGCUGUACGCGCGCUGGGUGGCGGCCGGUCUCGUCGAGUGCCACUCGUACCAGUUCCGCGUGCGCGCCGUCAACUCGGCCGGCCUGAGUCUCCCGUCGCGGCCCUCGGAGCCCGUCAUCGCUCUGCACCCGGACGAGGCCGCCAAGCUCAAGGGAACCCCUGCUGCCCCAUGGACUGGACAAAUCUUUGUGACCGAAGAGGAGCCGACCGACGCGAUGGUGCCGAGCUGCCCGCAGGAGGUGGCGGUCACCGAGAUCAGCCGCAGCUACGCGGUGCUCGGCUGGAAAGUGCCGGUCUCCCCCGGCUCCGAGGCCGUCACCUACUAUGUGGAGAAGUCGACGGACGGAGGGGAGUCGUGGGAGCGGCUCAAUGGAGGCGUCGCGGUCAAGUCGACGCACUUUGCGGCACUCGGGCUGGUGGAGGGGAAGAGCUACCAGUUCCGCGUGCUGGCCUGCAACUCCACCGGCCUGAGCGAGCCCUCCGAGGAGACGCUGCCCGUCACGGCCCACGACAAACUGAUUCCGCCCUCGGCCCCGGAGAGCGUGACCCCUGAGAAGGACUCAGCCACCUCGGUGCUGCUGAACUGGAAGGAGGUGGCCGACACCCAGGGGCUGCUGGGAUACUACACGGAGUCUCGCGCCUGCGACUCCAAGGAGUGGCAAAUCAGCAACAACAACCCUGUCAAGCGCAACAACUUUGUGGUGCACGGGCUGAAGACGGGCGGCGAGUACGUGUUCCGCGUCCGGGGUGUCAACGCCGCCGGUUUCAGCAGCUUCUCCAAGGAGUCGGCACCCUUCAAGGUGGAGGCACCUGUGGACUUGCCCACGAGUGGGCAUCAGCCGCCGACCCCUGAGCCGGCUUCACGAGUGAGUUUGCAUGAGGCUGCUAAAUCUGCUCCUGCCGCCGGGAAGAGCGUUGGUCAACCUGCGGCUGCGAGUGUCCGCGCCGGCUCCCCGCACCCCACCGCUCCGCCGCCGAGCAAGAUCUCGCUGCUGAACUGCUCCGGCGUCGGCAUGGUGCUGCACUGGCAACCGCCCGCCCCUGGCAAGGCGCCGCUCGCCACGGGCUACCGCGUGGAGGCGCGUGCCGUGCCCGAGGGAGGGAGUGAUUCCCCGGGCGAAUGGCACGAUGCCAAGGCGAGACGGAUCGAGGACACGGUGUAUGAGGUUCAGGGCCUGGCGGAGCACAGCAGCUACCAGUUCCGCGUGAGUGCGGAGAACCCGGGGGGGUUGGGCUGCCCGUCGGAGCCCAGCCAGACCUUCCCGUGCGAGAAGUGGACCUUCCCCGAGCCCGGUCCUCCGUUUGGCCUGGCCUUCUCGGACAUAAAGGACGGCGCGAUGGUGGUGUCGUGGAAGCCUCCGCUGUACGCCGGGACCUCGGCCGUGUCCCUCUACCACGUGGAGCUCACGGAGGCCGACGCCGUCAGCUGGAGACGCUCGGACGAGAAGCCCUCCGCCAGCACGCACGUCAAGGUGGGAGGCCUCAAGGACGGACAACCGUACCUCUUCCGUGUGUUUGCGGAGAACGCGGGAGGCCGUGGGAAGAUGUCGGAAGAGUAUGGGCCCGUGGUGGCUCGUGGCUUGGCAGUACGUCCAGAGGCCAGCAAGCCUAAGGAGCAGAAGAGUAAGAAGGGCAAACCUACCUCGCUGAAGUCCCCUCUUGCCGUGGAGGUUCAGGACAACGGGACCGUGCGGUUCUCGGCUCAGUUGGAAGACCUGUCCGCGUCCGCCGACGUCAAGUGUAUCUUCGACGACAAAGAGAUUGAGAAGAACGAGAAGUAUGACAUCAAGGUGGACGUGGCCACGGGGCUGGUGGAGGUCCUCGUGGAGACCAUCACUGCCGAGGAUGAGGGCUCCUACAGCGUCGUCUUCAAGGAGGACGACGGCAAGGAGAAUGCGAGCAACUUACCGCUGCUGGGCGAUGAUUUCAAAAAGCUUCUGGAGCAAUCGGAGAAGGCAAAGAGAGACUGGAAGAGGAAGCAAGGGCCUUACGUGGUGGAGCAGGCUCACUGGGAGGUCAUGGAGGACUGUAACGUGCGUCUCAUCUGCAAGGUGUCGAACAUCAAGAAGCAGACGAGCGCCGUGUGGUUCAAGGACGGAAAGCAGAUCAUGGUGGAUGAGAAGCACGACUUUAAGGAUGGAAUCAUCUCUCUGCACAUCGCCAAGAUCACCAAGCGAGACGCCGGGGUGUACAAGCUGCAGCUGAAGGACGAGCGAGGGGACGACUCGAGCGUCCUGCAGUUCACCGGCAAGACUUUUGAUCAAGCCAUUAAGGAAGUCUGCAAAAUGAUUGUCAAGUCGGCCGCACCACUGAAAGCUCAGGCCACAGAGGAGGGAGUCCGCAUUCAUUCCACCGUCAAGCACUGCCUCCCCGAGGUGAAGAGCGUCUGGUUCCACGCGGAGAGCAAGCUCACCAAGUCGGAGCGGCUUGAGUUCGGCAGCUCGGACACGGAGCUGUGGAUGAAGAUGAAAGCUCCCGUCGACAAGGACAAGGGCACGUACAGGCUGGAGGCCACAGGCAACACCGAGACGGUCAAACUCUCCAUCGACCUCUCCGGGAAAGCCUUCGCUGGCUUGCUGGAAGAGUACCAGAAGCUCGAGCUUGCUGCUAAUGCAGAUAAAAACAAUGCCAGGAUCGUAGGAGGGUUGCCUGAUGUUGUCAGCAUUAUGGAAGGAAAGACGUUGAACCUGACCUGUUCCGUGGCGGGGGAGCCGGUGCCAGAGGCCACGUGGCUGAAACACGACAAAGUGCUCUCCAAGAGCGAGCACUACAUCAUUAAUUUCGAAGAGGGGCGUUUCGCGAACCUCAUCAUCCAGAACAUCACGAUGGCCGACACGGGGAAGUAUGGCAUCGUAGUGACGAACAAGUAUGGCAAGGACACCGCCGACUUCACCCUGAAUGUAACCGACAAGGAGGAAUGAACGGCGCUCCCUUGAUGAAGACACUCCGUGCUCACGCACACGGCAUCUUAAACUGUACGACGUUGCCAAGGGGUUCUGUAUAACCACAUCGGUGGACUGGGGUGGCUGAAGCAAGGAAGAUAUCAAACGAACGCAACAUUUGCUCAAUUAGUGAAAUGAGCAAAUCCUGCGUCUGAACGUGGAAGUGCGGUGCGUUGUGAGGGUGCCGCAUUAAUUCACCGGGGUCGACAGUGCUGUCAUUUGGCGGCAGCAAUGCAGUUGUGAUUCCGUUACCCGAGCUCGCGCUCUCGAAUGCUGACCACUGCGUAAGACAUUGAACUCAUUCGUCAUCGGUAGCAUUGUGCGAUUCCUCAUGUGCUGUCGACACGCGUUUCCCUCCGCCUCUUCCGAUCUCUCGCCGCCUCCUCCUCUGUCGUUGCUCUCCCAGGGCUUUGCUCUUGUGCAUCUUCCUGCAUCAGUUUUUAUCGCAUCAGUUAUGGACUCAAUUUAGCGCACACAUCUGGCAACGGCAAACAUUAAUUUUGCAAUUAGUAAUCGUUGCCUGCACUGUUUUGGUCUCGUUUAAAAAGUUGACAUUCGAGAUGACUUGGAACCCAACAUUGUGCUGCAGUUAUAAUCACCUCCUACACUACUGACCCGGUCAUAGAAAAUUCCAGAUCAGUUUUUUUUUUCUCACGCUCAUAUUUCGCCCAACUUCAACUCCAUACCGGCAGUGCUCUCAAUGUUUGUCGCCCUCUGCCGGAUAAACCCAGGGAGUAGAUUGGGAGAGACAGAUGUGGAGUGGCUGCGGUACCGUGCUGUGGUUUAAGCUGAAAUAGCACCCCCUAGCAUGCGCUAUUCAGAAAACCCACAGCUUGAUCACCUAAUUUUAAGAGAAAAUGAGUCAACGGGAGUCUGAAUGUUCUCUGGAUUCUGCCCUUUGGCUUCAAUGUUAUUUGCCAAACAUCGCUUUAGGUUGGGUUUGUGCUGUGAAUGGCAGCAUCUGUUGACGCCUCAAAUUAUUUACUUCUCUUCAUAACGUGAAAUUUUACAUCUAAGCUUCGAACAUAUUUUUUGUCCAGAAAAUAAUUAAUGACACUUUAGUGACUUUUCUGUAUUGCAGUCCUGUCAAGACGUCAUAUUGCCAAAGAAUGGUACAGAAAGUGUUAUAUUUGAGAACUUCAAAUCUAUAUUAUAUUUUAGUUGUUAACGUAUUCUUUUUGGAAUCAUGAUUAUUAUUUAAAAAAGUUGCAUUAACAUAAUAUAUCACUCAGAAUAAUAUUAAGAUAUAUAGAGAGCGGUGUGGGGUAGAGUCGUGGUGCAGUGGGUAGGGCACUGCACCUAUACACCUGGUAAGCAGCCAACAUCAGCGGUGAGUGAUAUCAGAACCUCCAGUAACCACCGCUUUCACCAGCCCACACGCCUACAUGGCGAAGCACGGUCAAACAACCCCCAUGACCAACAGCACGGGGAAACCUUCAAAGGGCUGUGUGAUUAUGGUUGCGUGUGAAUUUCCCUGCGAGGAGAUAUUCUUUCGUUUCGGAGAGCUGCACUCGUUGCAUGUCCGACGCGUCAAUCCACAGCUAUGGCCAACUGCUGCAGUUUAUUUCUCCGCCACGUGAUUAAAAUCUGGUCUUCACAAGCUCCACAAUUGUGUGAUGAUAACAAAGAAAGUGGGACGAAGGUGGUAUGCCUUUGUAAAAACAUGUACUCCCCAACAUACUGGCGUUCCCAUUGCUUUUCAGUUGCAUUAUUGAGUUUAAUUUGUAUUUAUAUGGCGGAAGAUCUAUGAGACUAAUUUCGUGCCAAUUAGUAUGCAAUUAAUUAUACUCUUGGUAAGUAUUCGCAUUGCAUGAGCAGCACACCUCUCUUUGUCUUCAUCGAGACUACCUUUAAGCAUUAGCUCUUAUUUAACAUAUUCACCAUGGUGCUGUAAUGGGAUGUUAGCCCUCUUUAAAUGGCAGUAUGAAGAGCCUUCUGUGUUAACAUUCUUUGCCAUCAGUCCUCAGGUGUGUGCUGACAUCACGCAGAUAGAUUUAUGUUGAGAGAGUCUCGCCUUUUCAAACUGUUUACACACAAGGUCGCACCGCAUGAUGGAUCAGCUCUGAAUGGAAUGUGCUGCUGCGUUCUCAAAUAAAAAUCGGAGUGAAGUUA